AAACAAAAAAAACCACUCCAAGAAUUAGAAUCAGAAGAAUCUCAGGCUAAAGGAGAAUUACUUAUUGCAAAUGCAGAUGUUGCAUUAGAUGUAUUGAUCGUGCUAACAAACUGUAAUGACAAGUGGACUUUGUUUUUCAUAACAAAAAAUAAAGAAAAAUACUUAAUUGUAACUGAAAAUAUCGAUGAUUGUGAAAAGACAUUAAGUAUAAUUAAGAAUUUCGUUCUAGAGCAGGGAAUCAAAUUUAAUAAAAUACUAGGAACAAAUGUAAGAAGCUUAGAAGCAGGAGAGAUAAAGAUCAGUCCAUUAUCAAAAACGGUGAAGUUUGAAGAAGUUUUUGAAUUUUGUGACAAAAAAAUGUUUGGCAUGAUUUCAGACAUGACAGAUGAUGAAUUGCAUCUAAUGAAUAUGUGA